UCUCCCCUUUUGCCCCGCGGUGGUCCGGGGGCGGGGAUGGCGGCGGAGCUGGGGCGGCGGUGGGCGCCGCUGCUGGGCCCGAGGCCGGGUCGGGGUCCGGGUCCGGGCGCGGGGUGGCGGCGGGGCUGCGGGAGCCGCCCUUCUGGCCGGGCGCUGUACGAGGUGCUGGGGGUGGCGCCGAGCGCCACGCAGGCGCAGAUCAAGGCGGCCUACUACCGCCAGAGCCUCCUCCAUCACCCCGACCGCAACGCCGGCAGCGCCGAGGCGGCCGCCCGCUUCGCCCUGGUGGCGCAGGCCUACCACGUGCUGGGCACCGCCGCCCUGCGCCGCCGCUACGACCGCGGCCUGCUCCGCCACGACCGGGCGCCCCCCGCGCCCCCCGCGCCCCCCGCGCCCCCCGCGACCCCCUUCGACUUCGACGCCUUCUACCGGGCGCACUACGGACGCCAGCUGGAGCGGAGCCGGCGGCAGCGGGCCCAAGGCCGGGCCGAGCGGGAGGGGCGGCGGCCGCGGCCGCGGGACCCCCCGGCCGGCGGGCGCUGGCUGCGGGGCCUCGACGUCCCGCUGGGCCUCGCCUUCCUCCUCCUGCUCGGCUUCUUCGGCCUCGCCAGGAAGUAGCGCCCGGGGAGGCGCCUCCCUCCUGCCCCCCGACCCCUUCGACCGGUCCGGGAGCCCCCCACGGCCGUCACCGCCGGGCCCUCGUCCCCCGGGAUGGCCGAGCUGCCCCGAAAGCGGCCCCCCGAAACCAUCGCCGCCCCGUCUCAGCCUCUGGGGAGCCCCCACCGCCCCAAAAUGGAGCCGGGGCGCCCCAGGAGCUCCCCCUCAUCUGUGACCACCAGGGCCUCUCCCCCUAAGGACCACGAAGCCGCCCGCGAAAGCGGCCCCGGUCUCCCAGAGCGGCACCCCGAAACCACCGCCCCGUUUCUCGGCCUCUGCGGAGCCCCCCCGCCCCAAAAUGGAAUUGGGGCGCCCCGGGAGCUCCCCCUCGGCGACGACCACCACGCCUCUCCCUAAGACGGCAAAGAUGCCCGUUAAAUCCCGACGACCCUCACAACCGCCCCAUCUCCUCGACCUCUGGGGAUUCCCGCACCCCAAAAUGGAGCUGGGGCGCCCCGGGAGCUCCCCCUCGGCGACGACCACCGGGCCUUCUCCCUCUAGGAAGGCAGAGCUGCCCGUUAAACCGGCCCCGGUCCGCAAGAGCGGAGAGGAUCCCCCCGCGCCGUCACCCCCUCUCCUCAUCCUCUGGAGAUUCCCCCCCGCUGCGGAGCUGGGGCACCCCAGGACGUCCUCCGCGCCGAUGACCGCCGGGCCCCUUCACCUCAGGACGGCAGAGCCGGCCAUUAAUCCGUUAAACGGUCCCCGGUCUCCGAGAGCCGAGAAUCCCCUCCCGCCCCCCCCAACCGCCCCCACCCCCUCUCCUCGUCCUCCGGGGAUCCCCCACCCCCAAAUGGAGCUCACGCCCCUCGGGAGGAGAGUCCGGUGGGGCAGGUGGAAAGCGUUCUGUGGGCCGCAAUCCCGAGGCCCCGGCUCGGCACGGACACCUGGGCCGUCGGCGAAGACUCAUUUCGUUCUCCUGUGCCCUUUUCGUCCGCCUCGUGCCCAAAUGUAACUUUAAAAGUACGGAAUAUAUGCCAGUGUCAGAGCCAAAGCAA